GCGCAGCGCCGCCAAGCGCAAACCCCCUUAGCAGUUAAAGCGAUGGUUUCCCGGAGAGCCGCCACGUCCCUCUGGAAUCUCCCUCAGGCUUUACCUCCUUCCUGACAGGAAAACCUGCGGGAGAGGGAAAGGGAAAAGGAGAGGGAGCGGGAACGGUAACAGGCCCAACCGCCGCCCCACAGCGCCGCACCCGCCUCAGGCCCAACCCCGCGCGUUGCCCCGGAGACGGUUGCCGCGGCGCCGGCGGCCGCUACGGCUCCUUCACCGAGCCCCUCACCGGCCCCGCCGCGACCCGGCCGGACCCCACCAUGCUGCCCGCCCAACAGCCGGAGAUGGCGGCGGCGACAACGGACUCCGCCGUCCCCUACAGCUACUGCAGCCGGCCCCGCUCCCUGCCCGCCCGCCCGAAGUACCGGGCGCCGCCGGACGCCGCCGAGCCAGAGAAGGAACUUCCUCGUUACGUCCACCUGAUGUACGACAGAAGAGUGGUGCGCGGAAACACUUAUGCGCUUCAAGUCAUACCUGUGAGUACCCAACCCAGUCUCCAUGAGAUUCAAAGGCGGAGGGAAGCACGGAGAAGAGCACUGGCCAGGAAGCGCGCAAAAGAGCAAAUGCUAUCGAGAACACCUGAGCCUGUGGAAGGCAGAGAGCAUGUUCAUGUGCAGACAGAGCUGUAUUUGGAAGAGAUUAGUGACCAGAUAAUAGAGGUUGAUAUAGAGUGUCAAACAGAUGCAUUUUUGGACAGACCAGCCACUCCACUCUUCAUACCAGCCAAAACAGGAAAAGAUGUGGCCACACAAAUAGAAGAAGGAGAGCUGUUUGACUUUGACAUCGAAGUCAAGCAGAUCCUGGAAGUGUUGGUUGGGAAAACGAUUGAGCAAGCUUUGCUGGAAGUCAUGGAAGAAGAAGAGCUGGCCCAGCUGUGGGCACGGCAGCGUGCCUACACAGAGCUGCGUAACGCAGAGCUUGCUGAAGCACAGCGCCUGGAAGAGCAGGACAGGCGAUACAGAGAGGAGAAGGAACGUCGCAAACUCCAGCACAUGCAAAUGCUGCAGAAACAGAAAGAGACCACAGAGAAAAUUGCAGCUCGGGCGUUUGCUCAGCGUUACCUGACUGAUCUCAUUCCCUCGGUCUUCAACAAUCUUCGUGAGAGUGGCUUUUUUUAUGACCCUAUCGAAAGAGAUAUUGAGACAGAAUUCCUUCCAUGGCUGAUGACAGAAGUGGAAGAAACACUAGAGAGGAAGGUUCUGGGGAGGACAAUGCUUGACUCCUUGAUUAGUACAGUGGUUGAAAACCGCCUAGAUGCAUUUAGCCGUGAACCUCUGCCUGAUCAGGCAGGGGCACCUGCUGAAGAGCCCAAGCCAACUGAGGCAGCACCCCAGGAGGCUGGUGAGACAGAUGCUGCUGACCAACUGGUCACAGACAAGGAAGAGACUGAUCCACCCAUCACAGAGAAGGAAGAGUCUGAUCCACCCAUCACAGAGAAGGAAGAGUCUGAUCCACCCAUCACAGAGAAGGAAGAGACCGACCAACCUGUUGCUGAAGAACAGCUUUCACGUCGCACCUCUUCCCAGUUAGACGAGACAGAUCAAGCAGGAACAGAGGAUUUGGAAAUCGAGUAACAAGCAGGCAAGUCAUCAAGCAGAUGGAGAGGAAUGGCUUAGCUGGAAGAAGAAACUAAUUCCUAUCUAUUUACAAGUAUUGUGCCCUAGCCAUGCUGAAGGAUGAACCCAAGCAGCAGUAGAGCAUUAAAGUGUGUUUUCUGUAUGCUGGCAUUGCUGAUUUCAGGCUGUAAGAAGCAAGACAGAGGUUACUAGUGCAAUGAAUGGCAGUGAAAUGCCAUCCCCUUCUACACAGUCCAGUCCAUCAAAAACCUGGGAUGUUGACAGUUGAAAAGUAACACUGUCCCACACCCUGUGCUAGGAGGUGUGGGACAUGGUGGGUGGUGGGUGUCACAAGAAGGACACUGAGAGCAUCUUAAUAACCUUUGCAAGUUCUCAGAGCAGAGUUUCCUUACUUUCCCUGUUUUGAAGCAUAACUGCUAUGGCACUUAGAUAAAUUUCUUAUCACUCAUGUUAGUCUCUCCUUUCCUGACAAACUUAGAUGGACAUCUCAGCAGGUAAUAGAGCAAAGGCUGUUGUUGCUCUUCAAGUUCAAAGAGGUACCUGCCACUGGGAAUUUCUGCCCAGUGCAAAAUCCUCCUCAGCUUCCUGACUCUCAGAGCCCUGGUGAGGGGCUGGAGCCAUGUGCUAAGUCCAGCCUCAAGUUUUUUUAUAAUUGUCCUUUCCUGCUGUUUCACUGGAAAUGGUACCAGACAUGACUGAUAAAAUGGUGGCCUGCACUGCCACAUGUAUCUGUCCUUUCACAGGACAACUCCAUAAGUAGGGCAUUCCCCCUCAUCAAAACACAUCUGUGCUCCAUUACAGUGACAUCGUUUCCUGGCUGUGGCUGUGGAAAAAAGCCCUGCCUUGUCUAGACUGCUUUGUGCUACCUCCUCUUGCAGGUCAGAGGAGACGUGUGCUAACCCAGCAGGCCAGUGAGAUGUCAGGAAUGAAACUUGAAGAGACAAACACCUGCUCCACAUCUCAUGCCCUCAAAAGGGACAUCCAGGCUUUUCACUGGACCACUUGUACAUGUGGCCUCACGUACCUGGAUGGACCCUGCCUUCCCUCUAUCCUGGGCUAGGACAUCCACUGAUAAUCAGGGCAGCUGUUGCUGACGUGGAAAACCCCCCUUGGAAGGUGUCAGGUGUUCACCUCUCUGUAUGUAGUUGAAAAUCAGAAGUAAUGGGAUGUAACCACCAAAAAAUACACUAAGUGGUUUGGUGUAAUAUGACUAUGUUAAAACUGACUGUCUGGAGUCACAUAGUACAGACUGUAGACAGAGAUACCCAGGGAUGCUUUUCAAAGCUGGAAUAUUCCCCUGUAAACUCCUUCUCCGUUUGCUAAGUUCACAGUAUGUCAACAAAGCGUGCUUGUUUUUUUAUUUUUGUUUGAUUCCUCAAGGCAUCCAGCAAAAUGUGUUACAUAUACAAAAUUAAGGUAGUUGGCGCUCACUACAUCUGUCUAUAAGUUUCUAAGAAGAAUUUAUUUUUAUGACUGGAAUUGAAACUCUGAUUUAGGCAUUGGGGUCAGUGGGAGGUUUACCUCAGUUUCAGUAGGACCAAGAUUUUGCAUCACGGUUUUUUUUUAUUCCCACGAUGAUGGAGACUCCUGUCGUGACUUCAUGUAAAUAACUUCAGGCUAAUUUUAUCUAGAGAAGUAAAAAGGCUUUGUGACAUGAUUCAUGAGAAUUGUAGAUGUUUCAGCUCCUCUUUGGGACACUGUAUGUCAGUUUUAAGGAUUCCUCAUUACUGAAUGAUUGUUUUGUCGUGUAUUUAGAGGAGAAUUAGUAUAAUGUAAAGGACUGCCAUGGACCAUUUCUGAAAAGAUGUCAGCGAAUGCUGACUUGAAUGUUUUGUUUAGGAAGGUUAUAAGAGGAAGGCGAAGAGAAAAAUGUUCUCAUUUUUGUCACUCCUGCUUUGUGUUUUAUGGCUAGAAAAUUUACUUGAAGUGUUGGAUUAUACUAUUUAAAUAGGUUGUGGCACUAUUAUGUAUUCUUAAAUUACUAUUAAAAAAAUAAUGAAUUGUA